UUUACCUUAAUGAAGAGUUGAAUGCUUUUUUAGUAAUCUAUGUAAUUACUGACAAUUUGUGUACAUACAUAUAUGCACAGCACACACACACACAAACAGCACACGCAACGUUUCCACCAUCAUUAGUGUCAGAAAUAUUUUAAAGCCCAUUCUUUAAUCUCUAUGUAUUUUUUGCAUGAUAAACAGUUAUUCACUGCUGCAUGUUGGAGGCCCGUUGACAUGUGUGACUGAUCAGCUUAAGGAAGGUGAGGUCAGGGCAGUGUCAGUGUCUUUAAUCUGCAGAGUCCCACGCUGAGGAGCUCUACACAGACAGGAAACCACCAAAAGACAGAGUUUGGUCAGGUUGGACUGCUGAGAGAUGACCGUCCACUGGUUGGCCACCCAGCUUUGGAGAUACCGCGUGGCAGUUCUCAUGGUGACCUUGGGGGUUUCCUUUCUGCUUAUCCUUGUAGGUAGUCAUUUGUUACAGCAUUCAAGCCCUCAUGAUUGGCACAAAGGUAGGAGCAAGGAGCCAGUGGAGGAUAGAGAGGGACUAGCUGCCAAUGCCAAUCAAAGACCUAACAACCCAUACCAAGACCACAAAAGAAGAAGUGACACUCAGCCCUCUGGUGCACAGGCUCAAAAGGAUGCCAAUAUUUAUAAUAUACUGAGGACAAGGACACGGAGUCCUCCUGUUGUUUUCCUCAAAACACACAAGACAGGAAGCAGUACUGUCCAAAAUCUGCUGUUUCGCAUGGGAGAGAGGGACAAAGCCACAUUUGCUUUUCCUCAGUACACCUACCAGUUCAGCUAUCCAGAUAAAUUCAGGGCAGAAUUUGUGGACGAGUUACCCGAUGGUUCCUCUCAGUACGACAUACUUUGUAGCCACAUGCGUCUAGACGUGGGACAGCUGAAACAGGUGAUGCCACCAAAUGCCAUCUACAUCACAAUCCUUCGUGAACCUCUACGGACAUUUGAGUCUGUUUUCUCGUAUUACACCUCUGCUGUUCCCGCUUUCACCUUAGCCAAAAAGGCAGCAGAGACAGCAGGGCACAAAUCAGCAUUGUCAGUUUUCCUGGAGUCACCAGAGUCAUUUUGGGACCCUAAAGAGCCUGGUAAUGGCCUGGGAAAGAACCCCAUGAGCUUUGAUUUAGGUCUCAACAGCCGGCAGUGGACCUCUUCCUGGCCCGCUGACUUGAUUCUGCUGGAGGAGACCUUCCAGCUGGUUAUGAUCGCAGAGCAUUUUGACGAGUCCCUGGUCCUCCUGGGGGCCCUGCUGCAGCUGGAGCUUGAGGAACUAGCCUAUGUUCGCCUCAACACUCGCUCUCCUCAGGAUGUCACUCCACUGGACGACAUAACCAAAGCCAGGAUCCGGGCCUGGAACAGCCUGGACGUGUUGCUCUAUGACUUUUUCCUCCAGUUCUUCUGGGAGAAGGCAGAGCAGUAUGGGCCGGAGAGGCUGAACAGAGAGGUGGCUCUACUGAGGGCCUCCACAGACACAAUCAGGCAGAAAUGUGUGGCCAGGAAGGGGGUGCCCCCUGGGGAACUGGAGGACCUAGUAAGGCCUUGGCAGACUGAUUCGGUCACUAUCUUGGGGUAUCAGGUACAGGGGAACUUGACUAAGCAGGAGCAGGGAUUCUGUAUGCGUCUAGUACUGCCUGAAAUUCAGUACCAUGCUCAUCUGUAUUUCCAGCAGUAUGGUCGAGACAUGAAGGCUGUGCCUACAGAGUAACGCACGUAAGGGACUGUACGAAAAUGAUUAGAGGUGGCGGGUGGUCAGAAAGGGAGGAGGGUUAUGUACUAUUCAUUUUUGUUCAAGGGAAUGCAGUCUAUAUUUUUUGGGAGAGCAGGGUACAGUGUUUUACUAACUUUUACUAAUCCCAGAAGGAUAUUUUCAUCAUUGAACAUCAACAGAAGUGGCGCCUGGGCCCACUUCACGCAUUAGGUGGCUGUAAUAGAGUGCUGCAGGAAUGAGUCCUAAAACCCAGAAAUGAGUUAGCAUUUUUGCCCUUCCAGUUCCCUCGUCUCGAAGUCAGUGGGUUUUUAGUUAGAUGCCUGAAAUAAGGUCUUGGGUUAACACAAACUUAAGCUUAUGUAGUUACAAGUGUUUUUUUUUUCAUGUUUUAUGUCUGUUGUUGUAAUCAUUUUCUGAAAAUGCAAAUAAAAUAUGAAUUGUAAAAACAUAA